AAUCAACAGCAGCUGUAAGCUAUAUGCAAAUUAAGCUUUGAUUGGACAAAAAAAACUUUUCCUGGAAACAUUUAUAUCUCCUCACUGGCGAUUGGCUUGUUACAGCUCAGUUCCAGUAAGAUGGCUCCACAGGUCUUCCUGAGGGUUGGCCUCUUUGCCUUGUUCUUUGCAGCCUCCUUUGAGUCUGCAAUUAAAGAUGCAAAGUCUACUGGACAGCACAGCAGUGGUUCCCAUGCUACACCCAACUAUGUUCCUUACCAGAGGAUAGCCCCAGAAUACUCUGCACCUGUUCAAUACAGCACUUCAAGACUAAUGUCUCAGCCAAUGCAGUUUGUGACAGGGCCCAGUCUCUCCCAGGGAGUAGUCCAGGCCACUCCAGCAUUCAGUGGCAUGAGUUCAGCUGUGCCUCAAGGUCUGUUGUCUUCUGGAUCUGUUUAUUCUGUUCCAGUAGAAGGUGCUGGUGGCUCACUUCAGACUGGAGCACCGCAAGCUGGACUACCUGAAUCAAGUUGGCUUGUUGCUCCCCAAAGCUUUGAAGAAGCCUCUACUAAUGCUCAGGCCCAAAGUAACAGCGAGCUCCUCCCACAACCACCUCUGCCACCAGCUGGACCAGUCCUCCAGUCAGGAGAGACCUCCAAUGUGGUGAGGGAAGCUGAACUGGGAAACUACCAGCAGCAGAUGGAAGAAUUUGGCUACCCGGGCCAACCAGGAGCAUCUGAGCCAGGCUUCACAAGGCUGCCUGUACCGAACAUUGUCCUGCCAGGUUACUGGGGAAAUCCUUAUCCUGGCUUUGACUACAGGCUCCUGUACGGUCUGUAUCCUCCUGGCACGUACAGCACAUUCAGCCAGAGCCACGAGAGGGGCAAAGACUACUACAAGGAUGUCCACUACCUGAAGGAACAUGAGUCUGAGGAGGAUGAAGGUCCUCAACAACAGAAGGUCUUCCCAGGCCCCCCACAGUACUCAACUGGUCAACAAGUGGCCUCAAGGGUUCGACGCUGAUUCCAAAGCCUCCAAAUAAGAGUUCCAAUUGUAAUAAAUACAAAGUUUUGUGAAA